AUGCCUUCAGAAGAGGAGGCACGCUCUGUGCGUAGCGCUUUGCGUCUAAGUCUUAAGACUAAAGGCCUCCAGGUCUCGCUUGGUCAGUCUUUUAGCAGUAAGACCAUGGUCCCGGGUCAAUGUAGUUUCGGGGCAGCGACACAACUCGAGCAGCUUUUUGAGCGCACAGUGCAGUAUGGCGAGAACCAGUCCGGACUGUUGCUUGGGUCUAUAGGCAGUGACAGACGAUCCAUUGUGACAUGCGCGAUGCGUAACUUGCGUGUCAAGUUCGGCAACUUUACGGUCGUAUACCUCAAUGGUGUCAUUCUGCAGAAUGAGCUCGAGGCCUUCAAGGAACUGACGGCUCAGCUUACUCGAGCCACAGCAGUAAAGCAUCCGGUACUCUCUUACUGGAACAUGUACGAGUAUCUACGCAGUCUACUUGUCGCUAAAGCCGAAGCAAAGGACCAUGUGAUUGUCAUCCUAGACGCCUUAGAGAAGUUUGUGCGAGAAAGCAGCAAUGCCAAGCAACUGUUGCUUUACAAUUUGCUUGAUUGGCUUCAGGCAGGAGACAUCAAGAUGGGUGUGCUAGGUAUUACUGAUAAUUACAAUGUCGUGGACAAUCUGGAAAAGCGAGUGCGUUCCAGGUUUUCAAACCUUCAAAUUGUUAUUGAACGACCCUCUUUCGAGCAGAUACGGCAAUACCUGGUGCACUCGCUUUCACUCGACCACUUUCCAUGGGACUCUCACAGCGAAUUAAAAAAACCAUCAGCCGAAUACGCAGCAAGUUUUUCCAAAAGUGUAAACAAACUGAUGCUAGAGCAAAGCAAGUUCCUUUCGAGCCUCGAAUUUGACUACGAUAUUGGCAAGCCGCAGGCCUUUUUUGUAAGCCUUACUGCCGCUGCAGUGUACUACAUUGAUGUUGACAAGCCGCUACUUACAGCGCAGCAUUUUUGGCUUGCUAGACACCUGUUGGAGCAAGACCACCAACUUGCCGUUUUAGAGACUGUUACAGAGCAUGGCAUCGCGCUGCUAAUCGGGAUGGGGCAUCUGGAAAAAGGCGACCAGCGUGUAUUCACGCUGGAAAUGGUAUAUGCUCGGUGGGAAAACUUUCUUCGCCAGCACGACAUGCUCGCACAACUGCCGACGCGUGGCGAAGCCCAAAAAGCUUUGGAAAAUCUGCUGCGACUGAAGCUUGUUAAGGAUGCGGGAGAUGCUUUCAAGAUUGGGUGCAGUGGGAAAGGUUUCAUGAAUCAAGGUUUUUCUAGCUCAUUGCAACCUGAAUUUCGGGCUGUACACUUGAAUUUUGCGCCGCGAACCCUGGCAGGUAUGCUUCGUAAUGGUAGUAUUCAGUGCUCGACAUUGCUGAAAGAAUGGGCUAUUAAUGGAAGCUAA